AUGGCACCACGACUUCCCACUCGCGUUCGAACGGCUGGUGCAAAACUCAUAGCUCGAACCCAGGAAGUUGGUGGGUCCUCCAUUCUUUCGCUACUAGCAAGCAGUGCCAUCCUCACCUUUGUCUCAUUGAACACCCUAGCCGGCCAUCCCGACGAAUUGGACAGCAGACCGGCCGGGUUCGGGCUGAUAAGAAUAUUUCGGCUCGGAUCCGAAAUUUCAGUUCAAUCAUGGCUGGCCAUCGUUGGUGCUGGCUUCGGAAUGCUCUCGUACGGCUGUUCCGAGACAUACACUCACAUGUUUGACUUGUGGUGUAGUCGCCAAGCAAGCCGAUAUCCAGGCCUCAAUUAUGCCCGCUAUCUCAACUCGCAGCCACGGGCUCCAGUAGUAGUGGGAUUCCGCGGGUUCCCGGCAUUCGUCCUACUCCGGUACUUUAUCAUGGCGCUGGCCAUUCCCGCUUCCAUUGGCUACAAAUUCAGCAUCUCCACCGUUCGCAUCACGGCGUACGAACACAUAGGCUCGUCGAGCGUGCGCCUUUCCACGCCCCCAGUUCAAGCGCUCCUGGGGAAUGGAACGACGAGCCCCUGGCUCAGCGACAGGCCCGGGAACAUCAACCGCGCUUUCGUUCACCACUACUACCCCCGGAACCAAACCAACAAUAAUACCAUGUUCAGCCCCCCAGAUAGCAUUGCCAUGGUGGAUUUGGCUGACUGCGGCGGAGUAUUUCAUGACUCCGACGUUGGCAGCCUUUACACGCGAGAGAUCGUCAUGAUUGCAAAGAUAAACCACGAAAUUGGAGAGUCCGUCAUGACGGCAGAUCAUCAGGGCUGGACACGGAUUGAGAACGUUACCACUGAUCAGCCUGCCAACGUGAGCAAAUUGGAGAUGGUGUUUGACUACAAGAUUGCCGACACAGGAAGCGUGCAGAUCCAGUGGGCGGAGACGGGAAGCUGGCUGAUCAAUAAUUCUGGCCCACGGCCACCUAUUGGACGGAUCAACUACAGCGCGCAUUUGGCGGUUGCUGUAGUCAAGCGGCUCGUUGACAACAGAGGCUGCUCUAGCAUUGAAGACCAAGAGCAAGACUCGGUUCAGCUACUAACGGAAGCCAUACCAAUGACGGCAUUCGGAAACAAUCAGUCCUCCCAGGUUAAGAAUAACUGGCUCAAUGAGAUCAUUCUCGGCGACCCCAACGGUGCACACAUGGCUAUCAGUGCUAUUGUUCGGGUGUCAAUGGCAGGCUGGAGCUCUCAGCUGGAAUUGGGGAACUCGAGCCGGGUCCAACUAGGACACGCUCCACGGGACCACGGGCCAUUCAAUGAGACAGAAUACAACAAGUCAAAAUUUAUAAUAGGUCCAAAAGAAACACAACACCACUACCCUGUCUACCUGGGGCUCCGGGGCGAAAUUCGGAUGGGAAGCUCUUCCAACGCGGCCAUGUAUUUUCUCAUCCUGUCUUUUUUUUCAUGGCUCAUUUGCUUCGCUCGACUUCUCCUGGGACCAGCAAAGCUGACCUCGUGGAUGGGACAGCACGUGUACCUGGCACUGGCGGGACAGAUAGGGAAGGAGGGGACAGAACAUCUGGAGAGCGGAUACCGGGUUGCCAGGGUUGCCGGGAACGGAGACCAAGGAAGGUUCAAGUGGGCUGGAGUCGUGGAGAAGGCUUGCGAGCAUGUUCCUGACUCUUUUGUCUUCACGAACUAUGCGGGAUACAGAGGCAGGUUCGUGAAUGGGCUGUAA